AUGCCAGCAACACCGCGCAUCUCCAACGGGGCUUUCCCCCAAACCCCAGCGCACAAAGGCGCCCCUCCCACACCGUCUCCGACUCCUUCAGCUCGUCAAUCAUUAUCGGCGCCGCGACGGAGCUUGCCUCCAGCCCCCCAAAAGACCGUAGCCAAGUCGGCUGCAGAGCCAAGAAUACCCCUCCGGGCUAUAGACGCACCCACUCAGCGGCUGUUCGCCCUCGGUAUAUAUGGUGCUGUGCAAGCAUGGAAGCUCUACGACUGGUCGCAAAUGCUGGACGAUGAUAGUGCCCAGUCAUUAUGGCUUUCACUCAAAUGGAUCGCUAUAGACGGCGUCUACAUACUAGGCCUUCCUGAGCUUAGAAUACCAUGGCUUGAGCUCUCGCAGCCAGUGGCCAUAUUUCUCUUGGUUACACAUGCAAUAUUUACCUUGCUGAUCAUGAACCAUAUUCCGGUUCCAUUACUGAGUGUACUAUUUGUAUACGUCAAAGCAUUCUAUUUUGACUCUGAACUCUCAAUAUCCGAUAACUACGUCAAAACCUCUCAGAUUCUGCACAACUCAUCACUGAUCCAGGGUCGUCAAAUCAUCAACAUCCUUCCAGAGGGGUUCGCCGUUCUCAACCCCGCUGGAACACCAUUCUGCAUAGGCGGUGACAUCACCACUGCCUUGAUACCGAUUCACUUCAACUCGACGAUACCCCGCGAGGUUGAGUUGAUCAGAACAGAUUUGGACGCCGAUGGCAGCAUUCAAGAGGUGAUCAAGCUCUCGAGGUCUGACAUUCGCACCAUCCAGAGCCAUGCGAAGAAGCUCACCUCGGAUGGCACCCCAAGCGCCUUCACGUUCGAAUACCGCGUCAAGAAGGCAGGAGCUUAUAAGCUCAAACGCGUGAUUGAUGAACACAAGUUAGAGGUUCAGCGCAAAAGCCCCCACACCUUUGUCGUUCGAUGUCCUUCGGCCAGCAUUGGUCCGUCCCCGCCUUCAGAACGUUGUCUCAAGGACUUGUCUGACCUAGUGCUCAAUGUGGAUGGUACACCUCCGCUCAAGAUUGUGUACAGUCGGAGGAUCAAUGGUAACAAGGAGCACAGCUUUCACUUCCCCAACCUUCAACCAGAUGGUUUCUCGUCGCCCUUGAUCGGUGUGGCAAGUUCUAGCCUCACUCUCCUCGAGGACGAAGACAUAUCCUGGGCAAGGUCGCAGCGUGUGCCUGUGAGCUUGAACGAGUCUCUAUACUCUGGUGGGGAGUGGCAAUACUCGGUCGACGAAGUACACGACGGGUUUGGCAAUGUAGUGCGCUACGCUUCGCCCACCGACGACCCAGAAUACCGGCCGAAGGCAGCAAAAACGCUCGUCAAAACUUUCUCGGUGCGGGAGCGACCGAAAGUGCAUUUGACUAAGUGUGACAUUCGCAACCCGCUCAAGGUGGCUCGAGGCCAGCGCGUUUCUUUGCCCGUAGUUUUCGAGACCACAGGUCAAAAGGCAGACGAAAGGCCCCAUGCUCUUACCUGGGAUUUUUCGCCAAUCGACACCCUCACAAGGAACGGCGACCCUGGUGACGUUGUGAUCCCGGGUUCCUACGUGAGCAAGAAGCCAGGUGAUGCUCCUGUAGUCUCUGCUCCUGGUUUAUACACCCUAAGGACUGUCAGUGCCGGGAGCUGUGAGGGUGAGGUCCAGGAACCUGCAUCCUGUCUUGUCCUGAACCCCCUGGAGCCCGAACUGUCGGUCAGGUCUCGGGACAUACCAGACAAGUGUGCCGGCAACUCGGUCGGCCUCAUUGUGAACCUCGACCUCGUCGGUACCCCGCCGUUUGUUGUUCACUAUAACGAGGUUUUCAACGGACGCGUGGAGCACAAGGUCGUGCGCAUUUCUGGAACCAGACAUGAGAUGGAGCUCACUCCUCAAGAGGAGGGUACUCAUAAGUACACCUUUACCAGCAUCGACGAUUCACUGUAUAAGCAGGUGCCUUUGACUGGCCCCGGCUACACACUGGAACAAGAUGUCAAGCCUGCUGCUUUCGCCGAGAUUUCUCGUCGGUACGAGAACAAAGCUCUCAGCGCCUGCUUAGAGCAGGAAGUCGAUGUCGAUGUAGUCUUUUCUGGCGGCGAACCACCUUACACUCUGGAGUACGAGAUAGCUCAUGAGGGCAAGAGGACUCCAUACAAGGUUGCCGGCAUCCAGUCUAGAGAGCAGACACUGAGGACCCCGGCUCUGAGCAAGGGUGGCGAGUACACACUGGCCCUCACGAGCGUUAUGGAUAAACGCGGCUGCAAGAAUUCCCUGCAGAACGAGAUAAAGAUCAACGUAAGGCGCCAACGGCCGCGGGCAUCGUUCGGUGUGAUUGAAGGCCGUCGCAAGGCACUCAACAUCGAGUCCCCAGAUGCACAACACAAGUUGCCGGUCCGUUUGACUGGUGUGGGUCCGUGGAAAGUGACAUACAAGAAUCUCGACCAGCCAGGCUCUCCUCUCAUCCAACAAACUGUGCAGAACAGUAACGGUGUCGUAACGGCUCGGGACCCUGGAACGUAUGAACUAGUUGAGGUAUCUGACAGCCAAUGUCCGGGUGCGGUCGACCCUAAGGCGUCGACUUUUGAAGUUUCUUGGCUUCCUCGACCCGAGCUUUCGCUGGUGCAGUCUGACAGCCUUAGUCAAGCUGGCGAUUUGUUUGUCAAGAAGGAUGUUUGCGAGGGCGAUAUUGACGGCUUUGAGAUCAGCCUCAAGGGUUCUCCUCCGUACCACGUCAAAUACCAGAUCCACCAUAAACCCACAUCUGGACCGGCAUCAAGCACUCGCAAGGAGUUUGAUGCAGCCCUCAGCAAAUCGGCAAUCUCUAUGCUUACUGCAAAGCCCGGACUGUACACAUACACCUUCACGGAUCUCGCCGACAGCCUUUACGACCUGACUAAGAAGCAGUUCACACCGGUUGUCCUACAGCAGCGAGUCAAUGCUAAGCCAACGGCCACUUUCGACAAGCCUGGACAAGUCUUCAAGUUCUGCAUGUCUGAGCAGGAUUACGAAGAAAAGAUUCCUGUGACCUUGACCGGUGUCGCGCCCUUCUUCCUGGAGCUUGAAAUCAAGCACCACAGCAAUGGUGUUCCUCAAGUGCACCGUAUCCCUUCCAUAAACUCCAACAAAUUCGGCGUUCAGUUACCGCGCGAAUUGCUUCGCCUCGGUCCUCAGCAAGUUCGCAUCCGUGAGGUCCGUGAUAGUCGUGGCUGCCAGUUCCGUUCGGAAAUUGGUGGCUCGUCAGUCCAGGUGCAGCUCUACGAUGCGCCCGCCAUUUACCCCUUGGAGACUCGCACAGAUUAUUGUGUGGGCGAGCGACUUGCGUACACCCUAUCCGGAACACCUCCCUUCCAGGUGUCUUACACGUUUGGUGGGCAGAAGCGCAGCGCCAACUCGCCGACAACGAGCUUCCGCCGAAUCGCAGACAGCCCCGGAGAGUUCUCCAUCACGAGUGUCAGCGACAAGGCGAGCGAGUGCCGAGCCGCUGUGGAGCUGGUCAAGCGCAUCCACCCAAUGCCGAGCGUGCGCAUCAGCCGUGGACAGAACGUACAGGUAGACAUCCACGAGGGUGGUGAGGUCGAGAUCCUCUUCGAGUUUGGAGGCACGCCUCCAUUCGAGUUUACGUACACACGCAGCACCAAUGCGCGAAAGGGGCAAAAGUCCAAGGUGCUUGAGACCAGGCACGACGUCAGCUUCGAGCACAGCAAAGUUGUGCGUGCGAGCCAGGAGGGUACAUAUCAGGUGGUUGCUAUCAAGGACAAGUACUGUGCCUUCUCAACCCAGCAGGUGGACGUCAAAGACGGCGGGCAGAAGCUGUUGCAGUAA